GCCGUGUUGCCGUGAUUCACCCACGCAACAAGUAAAGAAGCACGGAGACCAACUUAGCUGCGUUCGUCAAGAAGCUGCUAAGAGAGAUAAACAUUUGCUGACCCUCGCUCUCUUCUGUUGAUUUUGUGCGAGCUUGCUUUUUGGGGACGGCGCGUUUCUCGCGGCUCUCUCUCUCUCCCUUUCUCACUCGGCUCCGAGAGCGGCACCACAUCAUACAUGCCACUCACCAUGAGGAGGGGGAGUAGCUUCGUGAGAGGGAUCGCGGUGGCGGCUGUAGCAGCGACCUCGCUCCAGAAUUCGCGGGCGGGGGCCUUUGCGCCCCCUGCGUUCGUCCCGGCGGGCCCAGCGUACUGCCGCUCAUGCUCGUCGUCGUCGACGUCCGCACUGGCUCGUACAGCAGCAGCGAGCAGCAGCUGCAGCAGCGCGCAACAGCAGGCGCGGGGGUGGGGAGCGGCGCCGCGGCGGACCGGGGCUGCUGAGCCUCGCCGCAUGUCGUCGACGGACAUCGAAUCUCCGUUCGCCACGCCCGGCAUGGCGGACAUGGGAGAUGAGGAGGAGGACCCGGAGGCCUUGCUGACGCUCACCCUCGAGAACGUCGAGACCGUGCUGGACGAGAUGCGACCGUACCUCAUGUCGGAUGGCGGGAACGUGCGGGUGGUGGAGAUAGACGGUCCGGUGGUGCGGCUGGAGCUGGAGGGCGCCUGCGGCAGCUGCCCUUCCAGCACGAUGACGAUGAAGAUGGGUCUGGAGAGGCGAUUAGUGCAACGGAUCCCGGAGAUCAGCGAGGUCGUACAGUCCAUCCCCAACGGCCCGGAGCUGACGGUUGAGAACGUCGAGAAGGUGCUGGACGGGGUACGGCCAUUCCUGAGCGUGGCGGGGGGAAGCAUCAACAUUCAAUCGCUUACCGGGGUGUCUUCGAUUCAGCCGGUGAUAACGCUGAAGAUGACGGGGUCAAGCGCAAGCCUGAAGUCGAUCAGGAUGGAGAUCAUGCAGCGCAUCCAGCGCGAGUUCAUGAUGUCUUCCUUGAGAGUAGAGUUCGCUCCAUGAUGUCUCUCUGACCAGGAGCAUCUUUCUAUGUUUUGCUGAUCUCGCUCGGCAUGAUUUGGGCGUGUUCGGCGGCAUUCCUGUGGGAAGGAAGGUGGUUUGUUUGCCCACUUGGUCGUAGCCUUGUUUGUUUCUGAUCUGCGUGUGCCAUGUGCGGAGGACUGCCUGCCUGUUCUGCUUUUGGUUAUCGUUCGUUUCGUUGUUCUUGUUGAAAAGAAACAGGAGAUCGAGACUUGAGUAGCAUCUUUUUGUCUGAGGUGUGGAUCACCCGGCUGCUGCAGUCAUUUAGUUACUCAAAAGGGACCGACGGCAAAUCCUGGCCAACGGGAUGUUUUUUUUACCUACAAGUAUAGAAGGUUAUUUUGUACACCAAGUACUGUCGAAGCGCACGACCUUGUUGCCCUAGUCAGGUCUACUCUUUUGGGGAGGGAGGGGUUCGAGGCACGGUCGUGAACGCGCAUACGGUUUCUGGUUGAGCGAGUGUGAUGAAGCGGGCGUUACUAUAUUUUGGACCUCAGGUGUCCCCUCUUCAUAGAGAGGCCAUCAACAAGUACCUGGUCCCCGCCACACCUCGUGCGACUUCUCGUAAAAACCCCGCCCUCCAGCCCCAUCUCUUGCGUUGUAAUCCUCGUUGCUGGUUGUUGAUAUUUUCGUUUUGCGGUUCAUGGGUACUGUAACCUUGGGCGCUUUCAGGUCCCAACGCGCCGGUAGUGCAAGCUUGAAGGGGUUUGGGAGAGUCGAAUCAAGCAUAUCUUGUCGAUGCAGGUGGAGUCGCGUUUUUUGUGGUCCUUGCGCAGACGUUUUAGUUUUGGUCUCCUGGUCGAUGAAGGACAGCGAGAGCGGUAGGGCGGGGUGGAUCGCUCAACUGACGGGUCAUCCGCUCGCCGAAAACCACACGACACUUGAAGCAUGAGACGAUUUGAGUCCAACUUUUGAUGUACGAUGUACGUAACGCUCCGUCGAGCGUGGCCCAGUUUUGGCCGCGCCAACGUGGGUGGUACCAUACGGUGGGUGGGUUCGUCUACUUCCUACCGGAGCCGGGCGAAUCUAUGUAGCAUGCGCGGGCUUUAUGCUGUCUUGGAUGACGGUAUCCUGGCCCUACGGACGAAGCUUCACGUGGAGAUGAUGCGUACAUAAGCGGGGGUUUGUCUCUCAACGAACUCUACCGAGCCCAUGUUCCUGCGUGAAAUAUCGAGAAUCCCUCCGUUCAC